AUGAGUCCUCCUGUUGCCUCAAAAGAUUUGAAAGAUGGUCCGCAAGCGCUAGGAAAUGAUGAUCGUUUCAAUUCUCAAUCUUCGUUUGCAUUAAGUGGGAACUCUUCUCAGAACUCUAUUCAGGUACCAGUCAGCGACUCGAUUAUCAAACCUGAUUCUGUGGCGCCCCGUUACCCCGAAUAUCGUCCAAAUGAUUCUAUUCGUUCGCCAUUAGUCAUUCCGAUCAAUAGAAGACUUGAGACACUGGCAGUUUUUGGGCACGGCAGCUCGAUCAUUGUUCUUCCAUUCUUCUACUUCUUUCUGUGGUGUUUCCCAAUUUUUUGGCCUUUCCUUUUAAUAUAUACCUUCAGAUUCUACUUGUUCGACCGCACACCAUCAAAUGGGAAGGGCUUCAAUCGCUACUCGACGCUAAUUCAAAAUCUGGGAGUUUACAAGCACUUUGCCAACUAUUAUCCUGUGAAACUACACAAGACCGUGGAUUUGAUACCAACGACGUCUCAAAUUGAAGCCAGGUCAGAGGAAUUUGAUCUGCCAUGGAUAUUGCGUAUCCUUGCUCCCAGCAUGUUGCUGGCUGUAUUAGGGAAAAUCGGAAUACUCAAAAAAAAGCCUAUUACGAUUCAGAAAGAAAUUCGCACCGGUCCCCGGUAUAUCUUUGGCUACCACCCUCAUGGUGUUAUCGCCAUGGGGGCAUUAUCUGGAUUUGCAACAGAAGGUGCAAGUUUUAGUCACCACUUCCCUGGAAUUAGAUGCUUUUUAACGACUUUAGUGAAUCAGUUUCAGUUGCCAUUUUAUCGUGAUUAUUUGAUGAGUUUGGGUUGUACCGCUGUGACUAAAAGAAACAUAAGUUCGUUGCUGAAUCAGGGUCAUAGUGUGGUCAUUGUUGUCGGUGGUGCAACGGAGAGUCUCUUGGCCAAACCAGGUCUCAAUUCGAUUGUUUUGAACAGAAGGAAAGGUUUCGUCAAACUUGCAUUGCAGUCCGCCGGAAAAUUUGAUGAGAGUGACAUGUGCUUGGUUCCGGUCUAUGCAUUUGGAGAAAACAACAUUUAUGACGUAUACUAUACGAAUGAUUCCCAGCAAUAUAGCAAAAAUGAUGGGUAUAUUAGAAAGCUGCUGAAGAUGUUUCAACUGUGGCUGAAGAGAAAUGUUGGCUUUACUCUCCCGAUCAUUGCUUCACGUGGAUUAUUCAAUUAUGAUUUUGGUCUCCUUCCUUACAGAAGACCUAUAAACAUUGUUGUCGGGGAACCAAUUCCUGUGUACCGUCUCAACGGAAAUAAGUUUGGAGAUACCGUGACGCAAGCAGAGGUCGACCAUUAUCACACUCAGUACGUUAAAUCUUUGGGCGACUUGUUUGAGAAGCACAAAAAGGACUUUUUAGCACCAUACGAUCAUGAUCUUAGCAUUGUUGAGUAA